GCGGGCGGGCGGGCGCCGAACUCGGCCCGGGCUCUGGCUGCAGCGCCGCCUCCUCUCCGCGUCGCAGGUCGGCCCGGCGGCCGUGACAAUGUUGCGGGGCUGGUAGCUGGGCGCCGGCCGCCGAGCCGUCUCAAGUUUAAACUUACACGAAUCGCUCUCCCGAGGAGGAGGGGACCCGCCGCGCGAUUGACACGCAUAUUCCUAUAGGCAUCCUUCUUCAGCCCCCACCCCCACGGCCGGAUUCGGGUGGCUCCUCUCGGAGCUGAAAUCUGAGAAGAAAUCCUUGGGUUUCUUGUUAUCUUAAAAAAAAAAAAAAAAUCUAGAAACCAUCCGUGUUUUGCUUUGCUGCUUUCUUUUUGCAAGAUGAAGAAGUUUUUCGACUCCCGGCGUGAGCAGGGCGGCUCUGGCCUGGGCUCCGGCUCCAGCGGAGGAGGGGGCAGCACUUCGGGCCUGGGCAGUGGCUACAUCGGAAGGGUCUUUGGCAUCGGGCGACAGCAGGUCACUGUGGACGAGGUGUUGGCGGAAGGUGGAUUUGCUAUUGUGUUUCUGGUGAGGACAAGCAAUGGAAUGAAGUGUGCCUUGAAACGCAUGUUUGUCAACAAUGAGCAUGAUCUGCAGGUGUGCAAGAGAGAAAUCCAGAUAAUGAGGGACCUGUCCGGGCACAAGAACAUUGUGGGUUACAUUGACUCUAGUAUCAACAACGUGAGUAGUGGCGAUGUAUGGGAAGUUCUCAUUCUGAUGGACUUCUGUAGAGGAGGCCAGGUGGUAAACCUGAUGAAUCAGCGCCUACAAACAGGUUUUACAGAGAAUGAAGUGCUCCAAAUAUUUUGUGAUACCUGUGAAGCUGUCGCCCGCCUGCAUCAGUGCAAAACUCCUAUUAUCCACCGUGACCUGAAGGUUGAAAAUAUCCUCUUGCAUGACCGAGGCCACUACGUCCUGUGUGACUUUGGAAGUGCCACCAACAAAUUCCAGAAUCCACAAACUGAGGGCGUCAACGCAGUAGAAGAUGAGAUUAAGAAAUACACCACGCUGUCCUACCGAGCACCAGAAAUGGUUAACCUGUACAGUGGCAAAGUCAUCACUACAAAAGCAGACAUUUGGGCUCUUGGAUGUUUGUUGUAUAAAUUAUGCUACUUCACUUUGCCGUUUGGGGAGAGUCAGGUGGCAAUUUGUGAUGGAAACUUCACAAUUCCCGAUAACUCUCGAUACUCCCAAGACAUGCACUGCCUGAUUAGGUAUAUGUUGGAACCAGACCCUGACAAAAGGCCGGAUAUUUACCAGGUCUCCUACUUCUCAUUUAAACUAGUGAAGAAAGAAUGUCCAAUUGCAAAUGUACAGAACUCUCCCAUUCCUGCAAAGCUUCCUGAACCAGUGAAAGCCAGUGAAGCAGCUGCAAAAAAGACCCAGCCAAAGGCCAGAUUGACAGAUCCCAUUCCCACCACAGAAACUUCAAUUGCACCCCGCCAGAGGCCUAAAGCUGGGCAGACUCAGCCAAACCCAGGAAUCCUUCCUAUCCAGCCAGCCCUGACACCUCGAAAGAGGGCCACGGUUCAGCCCCCACCUCAGGCUGCAGGACCCAGCACUCAGCCUGGCCUUUUAGCCAGUGUUCCCCAACCAAAAACCCAGCCCCAACCCAGCCAACCUCAGUCUCAGCCCAAGCAGCCACAGGCUCCGUCUACCCCUCAGCAGACGCCUUCUACUCAGGCCCAGGGUCUUCCCACUCAGGCCCAGGCCACACCCCAGCACCAGCAGCAGCUGUUCCUCAAGCAGCAGCAACAACAGCCGCAGCCGCAGCAGCAGCCGCCACCGCAGCAACCUGCAGGCACAUUUUACCAGCAGCAGCAGCAGCAGCAGCAGCAGCCACAACAGGUCCAGGCUCAGCAGUUUCAGGCAAUACAUCCAGCAACCCAGCAACCAGCAAUUGCUCAGUUCCCUGUGGUGGCCCAAGGAGGCUCUCAGCAGCAGCUGAUACAGAACUUCUACCAGCAACAACAGCAGCAGCAGCAGCAACAGCAGCAGCUUGCCACAGCCCUGCAUCAGCAACAGCUGAUGACUCAGCAGGCUGCCCUGCAGCAAAAGACUGCUGUGACAGCAGUACAGCAGCCCCAGGCAUCGCCGGCUGCCCCACAGCCAGUCCCCGCCCAGGAGCCAGCGAUUCAAGCCCCAAUAAGACAACAGCCAAAGGUUCAGACAACCCCACCUCCUGCCAUCCAGGGGCAGAAAAUCGGAUCUCUCACUCCUCCAUCAUCCCCCAAGACCCAACGUGCUGGGCACAGGCGGAUUCUCAGUGAUGUAACCCACAGUGCAGUCUUUGGGGUCCCUGCCAGCAAAUCAACUCAGCUGCUCCAGGCAGCUGCAGCUGAGGCCAGUCUCAAUAAGUCCAAGUCUGCAACCACCACUCCAUCGGGCUCCCCUCGGACCUCCCAGCAGAAUGUUUAUAAUCCUUCAGAAGGUUCUACGUGGAAUCCUUUCGAUGAUGACAACUUCUCCAAACUCACAGCUGAAGAACUGCUAAACAAGGACUUUGCCAAGCUGGGGGAAGGCAAACAUCCUGAGAAGCUUGGAGGCUCAGCUGAGAGUUUGAUCCCAGGCUUUCAAGCAACUCAAGGUGAUGCUUUUGCAACUUCCUCAUUUUCUGCUGGAACUGCUGAAAAAAGGAAGGGUGGGCAGACUGUGGAUUCUAGCCUGCCACUUCUAAGUGUGUCUGAUCCUUUCAUUUCUCUUCAAGUACCUGAUGCACCAGAAAAACUUAUUGAGGGACUCAAAUCUCCUGACACUUCUCUUCUGCUCCCUGACCUUUUGCCUCUGACAGAUCCUUUUGGUAGCACUGCUGAUGCUGUAAUUGAAAAAGCUGAUGCUGCUGUUGAGAGUCUCAUACCAGGACUGGAGCCCCCAGUGCCCCAGCGCCACCCAUCUCAGACGGAAUCCGUUACCUCGAACCGCACAGAUUCUCUCACCGGGGAAGAUUCCCUGCUUGAUUCCUCUCUGCUUUCUAACCCUACUACCGAUCUUCUGGAAGAGUUUGCCCCUAUAGCGAUCUCUGCUCCAGCCCAUAAAGCUGCAGAAGAUAGUAAUCUCAUCUCAGGUUUUGAUGUCCCUGAGGGCUCGGACAAGGUGGCGGAAGAUGAGUUUGACCCCAUUCCUGUAUUGAUAACCAAAAAUCCACAAGGUGGGCACUCUAGGAACAGCAGUGGGAGCUCUGAGCCCGGUCUUCCCAGCCUGGCCAGGUCUUUCCUGCUGGUGGACCAGCUCAUAGACCUGUAGCCGUGACCCAGUAGCAGACGCAGUUGUGUAACUUUCUUUACGGAGUUAUAAGAAAAAUGAAUUUUUUUUUUAAUCUGCAAAUAAGGGGCCUCUAGCCCUUAUCUCCUACCCCUUGCCUUCUCCUGUAGAAAUGAUAAGGAAAGAAAAUCACUUUGGCCCUCCAGAUAUUCCUUGGCCAGUUUCUCCCUGUUAGUUUUGCCGUGUUUUCUCAUUACCCUUCUUCAAUAGCAUUAUCUUAAAUCAAGCGCUAGAUGCCAUGAGCUUCGCCUCUGCUGGAAUCCACUCCACUGAAAGCUUAGCUGUAACUGAAACUAGUGACUUGACACCUUUGUCUCAUUCUUGCUAGGAAUGACCUCCCAACCCGUGUCUCCUUCGGCCAGAUGCUGGCAAAUGUGUUGACCUGUUUUUGCUUUAUAUCCUGAUACAUUAUCAUGAGGACGUGACUUCUUCAGUUAGUCUUAACUUCAGGCAGUAGCCUGGAGAUGGGUCCGUGGUUUAAGAGCGGGUAAAACUGACUGACUGAUAGCAGUAUGUGUUUGGGAAGAGAGAUUGAGCCCUGCUGUAGCCAGUCAACUUUGACCUUUGAUCAUAGACUUAGCCAAGGGAUUUUACACCCCAUGCAACCUGCUCAGCAUUCGUCCAGCUUUCUGGCUUCCAUUGAACCGUGAUUUCUCAGAUCUGGAGAUGUGACUGCAAGUACUUGAGAUCCUUGGAUAAAAUGUGUACCUGAUAUAAAUCCCAAGUAUUGACUUCCUUUUCAUGUUAACUGUCCCAAGCUGGGAUCUCAGAAUUAGACCAAAAUCAGACAAUGGUAGUAAUGUGAUACCUUUUAUUAGAAGACUUUUCACUGGGGGGUAGGUGGGGGAGGGGAAGGAAUUGUAGCAGAAACAGAUGUAUUUUUCUUGUGAUUUUUAUUUUGAAUCAAAUAUUGUAAAUUGUGUAUAAAUGAAGACGCUGGACAGUUGUGUUUCCACUUGGUGUUUCAAGUCUGAUAUCGGGUGUCUGUACAGGGUUUUGCCCUCUUUCCCAUGUAUAACUGCACAGCGGUCCUACAGUGUAACAUAUAGAAUCAUUUUGAAUUGGCUUGUGUGUUACUAUAAGCUUUCAGCGGGUCCUCUGUCUUUGUAGAAUAAGCAUGUUGUUUAUUUUCAGAUAAUCAGAAAUAAGUGUGCUGACAAGGUUGGCACAGUUUGACCGUAGCUACUUACCUUUCUUUUAUCUCUCUGAUGUUUAAAUUGAAGACUGCAGCCAAUGGAACAUGUUCAGUUGGUUUUCCUUGGCCUCUUACAUAGAAGACAAAACAAAAGAAAGAGUAGUUCCUCACUAACCUUAGAAUAUUCAUGAAAUAAAUCAAGGACCCUGCACUGACAUGACAACAUCCCUCAUGGGCACCCUCUGUAUAUGUACAUAUUCAUUGACAUGGUUUUUUUUUUUCUUUUCCUUUUUUUCCCCCUUACAAGAAAAACCAAUUUUAUAAAAUCAUCCUUCUGAAAAGAGGUGGGCACAGAGAACCCCACUGUUGUUCUCUUCCUCAAGUGCCAUUUGCCAUGAUCAAAAGGGAAACUCUUAGUUGAGCAGAUUUGUACAAAUAAAAUUCCAAGUCCAUUCACUGGUUUCUCUAUCUAGUACCUUUGUUUCUUCUUCCUCACAUUUGCACUUUAAGGGGGUUGGGGGGAGAGAAGGUUUAACAGCAACCAUAAAAACCUGCAAAACACUGCACUUUGGAGGACAAGCUUUGACCCCAGAAAGGCAUCCGAGGAAAGGUCUGAGCCUUUCCAUCUUUUGACUUUAAAUACUUCCUGUUCUGGUGAAAUUAGAUAGGCUAAGUGAAGGCCUCUACUAAAAUAACAGAUUGUUUCCAAAAUGUAGAGAGGCACGACUUGCAUGCUGAGGAUUAAAAAAAAAAAAAAGUCUAUGAAGUGCUUUCUCUAAGUGGAUAGCAGUGAAAGUGGGACUUGGCUUACCCGUUUAUAAACAAGAAAAACUGCUGCAGAUCAGAACUGUAUUCUCUUUCCUGGGCGUAGAAAAGAAUGUAUAAACUAAUGAAGGAAAUGUUUAUUUUUAAAUAAGAAUAAUGUUUACUCCUGUGUUUUCAGAUUUGAUUUUUUUCAUACAUACAUGUUAGAAAUAUAAUGAAAUAUCUAGUUUCACAAUUUAGUUGAAACCAUGAAGACUAUAGUUUAGAAAUUAGAUGUCUCUAAAUUGUUCCUUUUGUGCAUUACCCAUAAUUAUAUUGAGAUAUAUUAUGUAGUCAUCUGGCUCAAUAAAGCUUAAUGGGGACUGCUAAUGAAAGUGAACAGAAUAGAAGCCAGAGACUAGAUGGUGGAAGCCUGAGGGAGGUAAUGUCAUGAAAUUAUCUUGGGCUUGUUCUUGAAGAGUAGGGCCUCAGUGGGGAGAACUGUUUUUCUCCUGAGGAAUACCUGUGAGUGACUCAGUAAUGGGAGCUUCCUUAGUUUGUAGCAUCACCCUGAACUAAGAGGGUUUAUUUGAGCUGAGUAUAAUGUGCUGAUAAUUGAUAGACCUAUGGAACCAUAAACUGAGCUACAAGAGGAACCUUAGAGACCAUCCUCUAGUCCAUCCACUUCGUUUUACAGAUGUGGGACCUGAGCUGGAUGGAGGCAGGGUGGUAGCAAAAGAUGCCUGGGCUGGACAGGCCUCAUGGGACCUCAUCCUGGCCCUCGCCAGUCAGCAGCUGAGUGGCCUUCAGGAAGCGCUUUACCUUUUAGAGCUGCUGUUUCUGUUAAACAGCAAUGGGUUUGAACUAGAUGGUCUUUAAGAUUAUAGAAUUAUAGGAUUCUAAGUAAAUACUGUUAUUCUUUAGAAGGACUAUGAAGGAUUUAUAUAAUCCCGAUGUUCUUCAGUUACCUUCUAUAGUUCUUGCUAUUACUGUAGCAAUAUUUACAUUUUAGAGAAUUAUAGUGGGCUUUUGAUAACCGGGGUUGCUCUUUCUUGGCUAUCUGAAUAGAAGCCUAAAAUAUCACAGAGUUUUGAACACAGAUUUUCCUUUUUUAAUAUUAUACACACACACAUACCCCUACAUAUUCUAACAAAAUCAUAUUAGAUUUCAGUUCUUUUUAAAUGUAUAAUCAGGGAUCUGCCAUUAAAAACAUAUCAAAUACUAUAAGAUAUGUUUCUCAUUUGCUUUUAUUCCAACUGUAUAAAAGUAGUAACUAAACUAGAAAACAUCACAAGUUGGUAUUUUUCCCUUUACAAUGUUCAGAUAAUUAAGUAAUCAAAUUCAAGUCCCAAUGUUUUUAAAAACACAGGCCUCAGAGGAGACGAGGCUUAAUUGGUCUCUUUUUAAAAAUGUGAUUAUAAUUAUUAUCCGAUGAUUUCUUUAGCAGACAUAUCAGAAUCUUGACAUCUAGUUGAGUGUUAUUCCCUUCAAAGUCUCCUGGUUUCAUGUGAAAAGCUAAUACUUUUUUAAAUGAGGCUGCCAUCAUUUAUUUUGAAACUCCUCUCCUUAGAAAUACCAUCAAGGAAGGUAAUAUGGUAUAAUAAAAUCAGUUAUAUUACUAGCUCAAUAAUAUCACUUUCAGUUUCUGAAAGUAUAUUCCAUUUCUUGAUAUUUUUCCACCACUCUGUGUUCUGAGUAACAUUUGACUGUUUCCAAAAAGCAAAAUCACCCCCAUAAGGUGAAGAGUGGUUACUACUGAAGAUAGCAAAUAGGAUACUCCCCAGAAACUUGCCAGAGAGGACUUUGUAAUGGAAAAUGAAAAAGCUCAGUCAUAAUUUCUUUAAUAUCCUGAAUAAGGGAACUCUUGUGGUCCCCAGUCUUUAGCAUGGUAUAGAAAAUUAUAAGAUAGGGAUUUUCAAAUGCCUCCAAAAAAGGUUGUCACUUUUGUUCAGUGUCAUUUGAUAUUGGACUUGGCUCUUUCUGAUUUAGAAUUAUGAAACUUGGAUUGCUAAUUAUUGUAGGGAAACAAACCCAAGAAAAGAACCUAUUUAUCUCAAGAUGGAAUAUUAGUUUUAUUUUGUCUUUAAUGUUUUUUUCUCAGUCUUCUGACAGAUAAUUGAUCACUUUGAUUCAAACCAACGUAACCUUCCCCCAAGUCAGGAACAUACCUGCCUUUAGCAGUCAUGUGGGAAGGAGGAGACCUUUGUGACUGACCCCAGCCCAGAGGUAUGGAGAGAUCUGAGUUCAGCUGAAUGAAUGCCUGCUAUUGGUACCAUGGGACAAAAUAAAGUCUCCCAUAAUGAGGUUUUUCUGUCGUCUCUAGGAGUCAUUAACCUUCUCAUUCUGUAAAAUUAUCAGGGUCCCAGAACCACUAAUGUAGGGUGUGGGGGUAAAAGUAACAGGAUUGCCCAAAGUACUGGAUUAAGCAAAUUAGAGACUGCCAGGUAGAAUAGAAAAAUUAUCACAUGGGUGGAUAUUUAGAAUGCUUAAAUCCAGAUAUUUAGAAUAUCUGAAACACUCCAGGUAUUGCAAAAAUAUCUUUUAUCCUGUCUAGAGACUGUAAUUUCAUCAACACAAAGUUAACCUUUUGCUUUCCACACUCAUGAUGUUACUGAGGUUGGGUAUGCUUGGGUUUCUUGAUCAGAAUGAAUCCCAUGGCCUCUGUUUCAAGUAAUCUGUAACAAGAUACUAUUUUGUUUCUCCUGGAUUUCCUUUAACUAAUCACUGGGGUUUUUAAUGUAGGGGAAGGAGGCUCCUUGGGUAAUGCUAACCUAUGCAAACAAAGUUACCAAAUGGUGGUAGUUACUAGAAUGGAAUAUACUGUUCUUGGUUCCCAUUUUGUUGUAGUGUCCUGAACGAUUCUCUUUUCCUGCGCAUAUUCUACCCUGCCCUAUUUAUUGCACACUCCCUUGUCAUGUAGAUGUGUGUUUAUUAUCAGCCUUUAUCCUGUCCUCCCCAAGAAGAAAAAGCUAACAGAUGUACAUGAAGCUGUCUUACGCAGUUAAAAAAAAAAUGUGAAAUCUGAAAAUUGCUACGCAAGUAUUGUAUAGAAAACAAGUUCUGUAAACAAGUUUCUUAUGUAAACAUACAGGGGAAUAAAGUCUUUUAUCUGUUCAAACGGGAGCAUGUUUAGAGAUGUAAAUAACUUAAAAUAGCUGCUAUUUUCCUUUGCUGAAAAUAUACUUUUGCAGAAGGGAUUUAAACACAUUGUUGAGUGACACUAAGUACCUAUGCACAAGAGAGGUGCAGACAUGGGAGAAUGGUAUACUGAGGACAUUUUCAUGGGUCAUGGCCACCCUUGGCUUUAAGGAGAACAAACCCCCUGUGAAACCUACAUUGGGUAGAUCAGAAGCAGAGUUAUAACAUGGACCACAGAUUGGCAGCUACCUUCCUCUAAUUUAAUCUUUAAUACACCCAGGCCAAUUUAAUCAAACGUUUUAUGUUUGUAAGUGCAGUUAUAUGCCCAAGGAGAAAUCACUGUCAUUUAAUUGCCACGUUGGCUUGCGAGGCACAACAUCACCAGCCAGUGUUGGUUCCCAUCAGGUCCAUUACGCCCCAAGCACGGGCUUUAAUGCAACUACACAACAUAUGGCAGAGCCAAAGGCUUAAUCUUAUUAUCUAAACCAAAGGUCAUGGAAAUUAUGAAUUUGAUGUACUUUUCUUUGAUUCCCCAAUUGUGUUCCAAGACCGUAAAUUUCCAUUGGUACUGUAUCUCUGAAGUUCUUUUGAAGGGAUAUUUUGCUUUCCAUUACCUAACGAUAUAUGAGAAGGAUUCACAAUACUCAAAGUCUUUAUUUUUAGUUGUUGGCAAGAGUGAUGUCUUUGAUACUCCCUAUAGCUGUUAAUUUUUUUUUUUUUUUAAUAGCUGUUAAUUCAGUUUAUAGUCUCGGGAAAAGUAAAAUUCUGGUUGUUCAUGGUAUGUUGCACUAGGGAAUAUCCAGCUUGAAAUUUAAGUCUUCAGAGGGUUCUCUAAUGACCUUCACUGUGUCCAUCAGAUAAAAUAUUCUGGAUAAACCUAUCUGAAAUCACUAGCACUUUCAGUUGUUUUGGAAGUUAAUAGGGAGCCCAUGAGGAUAGCUACCAAAUCAUUAAGUCCAUUUUGGGACUGCUUUCCUAGCACAUGAGUUCUUACUCAAAUCUACAUAAUUUGGAGCCUCAAAAUAGACUAAAAUGGACUUAUCUUUAGUGGAAAUGUCUAAGUCUGCUUACCCUGGCACUCAGUCCUACAUCAGAGCAAGAAAAAGAAGUGUGUUUUGACUUCUUGCUUAAUUUAACAUGCUAAACCAAAGUAAAAAAGAAACAUGACCUAAUUUGAGGGAAUUGUAACAAAAUGCCCCACCUUUUAGGGUUCAGGAUAAGUAAGACCUUGUGUAGGCUGUGGGGCCAGGUCCUGAGCUUAUGACCCUGAGGAACAACAGGCAGCCUUUAUUGAGCUCUGUGGUCAUAGGGUAUCUGCCAUGCAUGCCAUUGGUUACCAGAAGAAGCUGGCCAAGGCAUGAGGUUAAAUCAGUUUACUUCAUUGCUAGCAGGCACACUGCUUGAAAUGCAUGCUUUCCUGAUGGUACAAGGGGAUCUUCAUCUAGAAGGACUGCCCACUCUGAAAACACACGCUUUCCCUGUAAGAGCACAUCACAAAUUCCAAAGAAGACGGUCAACUACCAUCAAGAUUUAAUAAUCUGUUUUUUUGUUUACCGUUAUUUAGAAUCUCUCCUUCUACUGACUACUUUGUUUCUUGUGCUGCCACCACCAAAAUUCCCUAAGGGAAAUGUGGUGUCUGUGCUUUCUUUGGUCUUCAGAGUUCCAGGCUUGGAGAGUUGCAAAGGGUGGCUGCUCUCUUCCUUGGUCAUGCUACAUCUCCUUUAAAAAGAAUGGAUAAGAGACUUGGCCUUCUCAAGUGGAUCCUUUCAAUAUGCUUUUCCAGUCGUACAAAACAGAUUCAUGCUGAAAGAGAGAUAUACAAUAGCUCUGACCCUUGCUUUCAAGGACAGGAGGCUAGUUUCCCCGUCAGCCUUAAUGUUAUGAUGUUUUGUGACUGUGCCUGUGAAUUUCUAAAAGUCAUUGAAUUUCAGGUAUGGUUUUCCCAUUAUUCACCAUGAAGGUCAUAGAAUAUGCUCUCAGUUGGCAGAUUUCCGGUUGACUUGACCAAGAGCCCAGUUUUUAACAUAAGUCAUUUUGGUAGAUUAGGCAUGUUCUUCCAUCCUGUCCAACACUGGAUCUGGGCUCCCCCACUUGGUACUUAACAGUUCUCAAAAUGUAACCUCACCCUGCAGGACUCCAAAGUGCUCCUGGUUCCAUGGGUAGCUGCUUUUUGGGCAGUCUAUAUACACAAAUGGCAACCCUGGUGGCAUAGUAGUUAAGUGCUACGGCUGCUAACCAAAAGGUCGGCAGUUCACAUCCACCAGGUGCUCCUUGGAAACUCUAUAGGGCAGUUCUACACUGUCCUGUAGAGUCGCUAUGAGUUGGAAUCGACUUAAUGGCAAUGGGUUUGGGUUUUGUUUUCAUAUACACAAACUGGUUUGACUGAAUUCAAUAUAAACUUAAAUUUUAAAAAACACUGAAUCCAAUCAAACUAGCAUUCAUUAUGAUUAUUUAUCUGUGUGAUGCCAUAGUUAGUCAUUGUCUUGACUAAAUAUUACUAUCUUUUUCCAAGAGGUAUUACUCCCUUGCAGAACCAGCUGAAUAACGUCAACCAUCAGGGUAGUUUUGGAAGAUGAUGGAAUUGUGCCCUAGUUGUGGCAACUGAGAACUUUAUCCACCUGAUGAUAUAUGUUGGGAAGUGGUUCAAGGAGUUUUGGAGGCCUCUUGUACCUCUUUGCUUGGCAGGUUUUAUUUUGGAACUUUGUCCCCCUUCAUCUGAGUUUCCUCCCAGAAAUCAUCAUGUGGGUAUCACUGUGAUAGAUCUAAACUAAUAUCAAUAUGCUUGCCUGCGAAAUCAAGGGUAUUUCUUUCCACAUAUAUUAUAAGGGAGAAAGUGUUCCAUUUUAUUUCCUCUCAGCUGACCAAUGCUUUCCUAUCACCAUAUAGCUGCACAUAUUGAAGUUGUCAUGCAAGGGAAAAUUUAUCCUCUUCAAAAUCAUGUUCUUCAAAUACUAUUUAGAAAGCCAUUUGGCAUCAGUACAAAAUUUAACUUAAAAGAUUCUAAUUUGAAAUUUACUGAAUGCAUUCUGUUAGAUAAAUAAAAAUGGGGAAAAACAACUUUUUUUUUUUUCCUGAGAACAAUAUUUAAGGUCAGCUGUUUAAAAAGAAACACUGCUAAAAAGUUACAGGAUUCAGAGAAACAGUAUUUUUGUACAGUGUCUUAUAAAAUGUUCAGAUCUCCCUCUACAUUCUCUUUACAAUGUAAUGUCUCAAAGCGACUGGUUUCCCAAUAAACUGAUUUUGAUGCCUCUUCUGCUGUGUUCUGUGUGCUUAAUUCAAGCAGAAACUUUAGAAGGGAAUACUUUUUAGCAAAAUAACUCUGCCAGCCACUGGUUUGCAUAGGAGGGAAGAGGGUGAAUGGGGAGGGGAUGUUUGAGUUGCAUCUAUAUAGAGGUACUGAGACAUCUAUGGAUCCAAUCAUUGUGCCUAAAAUUCUUAUCCUGGUGGGUUGGGAAACUCCACUGGUACCUCUUUAUUGAGCCCAUGAUGAAAUAAGCCCUUUACCUCCCCCCCCAUCACCCUUUCUCUGGAUUCUUCUUGCUUAGUUACAUAUGCCUUUUUCCUGCCCUCUUGCUAACAUGUGCCCAAUGACAUACUUCUAACCUGCUAAUAUUUCUUGGAAGGUAAGCUCUCUUGCAUUCUGAUAAUUGUCUAUUUGAUUUUAAAAGCCAGAGCACCCUCUACCUAGAUAAAAUAGACUACCAUAAUAGAAUUUGCUAAUACUUCUGUGAUUACCCAUAUAUUUUGCUCCUUGUGCUUAAAGAAUGUUAUGAUGGAUUCAUUUAAGCAGAGGAGAUAUUUGCUAACUUAGAAGACUGAAAACAAAAAUCCCAGGGCAACUCCAGCUGAAGGUGGUUUACUUGUUAUAAUUUAAUUGUCUCCUUUCCUUAGAAAAUGCCUUCAGUAUUCCUAUUUUGGGCACUUUUGUGCUCUGUGAAUAGCGCUUGUGAUGUAAUCAUCCAGUAAACUUGGCAGUUACCAAGCAGACAUGUUCUGCUUCUUUUCAGAGGGUCUGUACUCAGAUAUAGGCAGUGUGGAACCCAUGACCACAUGCCGGUUCCUGAAUUGAGUUCAUCCCCAGACAGUGUUUUUACAUAAUCCAAAACUGUCGUGGUAUAUGUGGAGAUGAGUGACUGGGUUUGUUUUCAUUCCAUUUUGAACCAGUGCCAGGUAGAGCAGGUGUUGGCGCCUGGCACUGUGAGUAGGAGCAUUGCAUAGUGAUGCUGACUGUCUGUGUGCCUAACGUCUUCAUCUCCUUUCCUGCACAUUGUGCCUGUCAUGUUCCAAAAUGUGAGACAGUGAUUGGUUGUGUUCCAGUUUGUGUGCAGUUUCCUUGCCUGACUUUUACUUUUCUGUUUUUCCUUUUCCAUUUUCAACAUCUAUUAUUUGGUCCCACAACCUUUCUGCCGCGGGUUGACCAUUAAAUGUUCCAAGAAUGGAGUUGAACUGACCUGUGCAUUAAUUCUGCAUU